AUGAGUGAAGAAAUAGAACCUCAUAUUAUGAGAAAAUUUGAGAUCAUAUAAAAAAUAGGAAAGGGUGCAUAUGGUAUAGUUUGGAAAGCUAUUGAUAGAAAAUUGAGGUAAGUUGUGGCUGUCAAGAAAGUUUUUGACGCUUUCCAUAAUCCUACUGAUGCUUAGCGUACUUUUAGAGAGGUUAUGUUUUUAUAAGAGCUGAAUGGGCAUGAGAACAUAGUAAAACUACUGAAUAUUAUCAAAGCAGAAAAUAAUAAAGACUUAUACUUAGUUUUUGAUUUCAUGGAGACAGAUUUACACGCUGUCAUUCGUGCAGAUAUAUUAGAAGAAAUUCACAAGAAAUACGUUAUGUAUUAGAUUUUAAAAGCACUUAAAUAUAUGCAUUCAGGCGAUUUAAUUCACCGUGACUUAAAACCAUCCAAUAUUCUUUUAAAUAGUGAAUGCCACGUUAAACUUGCUGAUUUCGGUUUAGCUCGUUCGGUAGCCUAAAAAGAAGAUGAUGCUCCACCUGUUUUAACUGAAUACGUAGCUACUCGUUGGUAUCGUGCUCCGGAAAUUCUUUUAGGUAGCACUAAAUAUACUAAGGCUGUCGAUAUGUGGAGUGUCGGAUGUAUUUUAGGUGAACUUAUUAUAGGAAAAUCUAUUUUCCCUGGUGUAAGUACUCUUAAUUAAAUUGAGCGUGUCCUCGAAUUAACAGGCAAACCUAAAAAUGAAGAUAUUGAAGCUAUUGAAAGUUCUUUAGCCUGGAAUAUUUUAAAUUCUAUUAACAUUACUAAGCAAAAGAAGUUCGAGCAAUUUUUCCAAGGCGCUUCUCCCGAUGCUUUAGAUUUAUUGAAGAAACUUCUCGUGUUCAAUCCUAAAUUGCGUUUGGAUGCAGAACAAGCUCUCUAGCAUCGUUAUGUAGCUGAAUUCCACAAUCCUGCUGAAGAGCAUGUAUGUUCCAAGCCUAUCUAGAUUCCUCUAAAUGACCACGAAAAAUUCUCCAUAAGAAAAUAUCGUGAGUCUCUUUACGCUGACAUAAAUGAGCGUAAGAAAAAGCAAAGAAUUGAGUGGAGAAAUAAAUAUUUAAGAUAAUUAGGUUUAUCAAUAGGAGAUGAAGGUUAGUAAGCUGCAGUGUAAAACGGUUAAUAAAUAGCAGAAGGUUAAUAAUAGCAACCCUAACAGCAAGUACAGUAGUAAUAAUAGUAAAUAUAAUACUCUCAGUAUUAGCAACAAUCUUCUACAGUUAAAAAUAACUCUGCUCAAUAACCUGAAAAGCGUAAUGCUCGUUAAGUCUCUUAAGAAAAUAUAGAACAAGUUUCUUAGUAAUAGCAAUAGUAGUAAUAAUCAUCAAAUUAAUAGUAAUACCAGCAAUAAUAAGUUAGAUAACAAAACAAUCGUGAACAAGCUCAACAAGGAUCUGUGUAGUAAAGCUAAUAAUUACAAUAAUAAAACAGUAGUGUGUAAUCCUCCACACAACAAUAGCCAAGCAAAUACUAGCCCUACUAGGCAAAUUAAUAUGGAGCUAAGUAUUAGCCACAAGCCAACUAAUAAGUUCAAUAGCCUCAACAGUAAAGCUUAACCUAAUCACAAAACAAUACACAAGCAAAUGGUACAACCUAGUAGACAUCUCAACUUAAAUCAUAAAAUGCACCUAUGUAUUAGACUUAAUCUCAGUUUUAAAAUCAAAAUAAUGUUACUGCUGCAAAUAAUAAUGGCACUGGACCUAACAAGGCCAUGUACUAAACAAACUAUAAUAACUACAUUCCAGCUAAGAAUAACUACGGACAAGUACCAAACAGUUAAAAUGUUGCUGCUAACGGAAAUGCUGGUGCAGUUUCAAAUAACAGCUCUGGUGUUUACAAAUCUGAUGCUUAAAACUAGCCUGUGUAAUACGGCAGCUAUGUUCCACAAUAAAAGUAAUAUAAAUAUUAGCCAGGUAGCAAUGCUACUGCUUCUUAAAGUCAACAAAACCAACCUUAAGGAGCAAGCGGUGCUACAUAUGCAAAUUAUGUUCAAAGAUAAUAGUAGUAAUAAUAGUAGGGAAGUAACCCAUCUUAAACCUAGGCACAGUAGUACUAUUAAAUGAAAAACUAAUAACAAUAACAAUAAAUUUAGCAGCAACAACAGCCAUCACAAGUUACUAAAUAGAUGCAAUACGCAUAGCAAUACAAACAAUAAUGA